AUGAACUCUAUGAGGGAUCCUUUAAAUCUCGACCACCACCCGCACCACUCGUUCACCGGGACUAAAUUGGCCUCCGCCAUGGCGUCCGGUUUGCAGCCGCUGGUGCGAGCCGUGGAAUCCGGCAAGCACCGCGUGGACGCGCACGCGGUGUCCGACACGUCAAGCCCGGAAACUGUGGAGAAAGAGAAAAAUCAGAAUAAAAACGACGACUCGUCGGACGACCCGUCCAAAAAGAAGAGACAGCGGCGUCAGAGGACUCACUUCACCAGCCAGCAGCUGCAGGAGUUAGAGGCCACCUUCCAGCGCAACCGAUACCCGGACAUGAGCACCCGCGAGGAAAUAGCCGUGUGGACCAACCUCACCGAGGCCAGGGUUCGGGUGUGGUUCAAGAACCGGCGCGCCAAGUGGAGGAAGCGGGAACGCAACCAGCAGGCAGAGUUGUGCAAGAACGGCUUCGGGCCCCAGUUCAACGGACUCAUGCAGCCCUACGACGACAUGUACCCGGGCUACACGUACAACAACUGGGCUGCCAAGGGCCUGACGUCCGCCUCGCUGUCCACCAAGAGUUUUCCCUUCUUCAACUCCAUGAACGUCAACCCGCUGUCGUCGCAGGCCAUGUUCUCGCCGCCCAACUCCAUCUCGUCCAUGACGUCGGGCAUGGUGCCGUCGGCGGUGGCGGGUUCCAGCCUUAACGGCCUCAACAACCUGAACAACCUCAGCGGGCCGUCGCUCAACUCGGCUGUGGCGGCGCCGGCCUGCCCCUACGCGCCGCCCACGCCACCCUACGUGUACCGGGACACUUGCAACUCGAGCCUGGCCAGCCUGAGACUCAAAGCCAAACAGCACUCGAGCUUCGGCUACGCUGGCGUGCAGAGCCCCGCCACGAACCUCAGCGCUUGCCAGUAUGCCGUGGACAGGCCGGUGUGA